CUAGCAAAAUAAUCAAACAAAUUAAACCUUUAUAAAUAGUUGGAUCAUACUUGAGAAAUAUGGAGAGUAAAAGUGUUUUGGUUAUGGUUGUAGUGUGCCUUGCACUAGUAAUUGGCACUACAGCACAGAGUGCAAAUAAUGUGAGAGCAACAUUCAAUAACUACAACCCACAAAAUAUUGGGUAUAAUUAUUAUACUGCGAGUGUAUAUUGUGCUACAUGGGAUGGGGACAAACCUUUGUCUUUUCGCAGCCAGUAUGGUUGGACUGCCUUUUGUGGCCCUGCUGGUCCUACUGGCCAAGCUUCUUGUGGCAGGUGUCUCAGGGUAACGAACAUGGCAACGGGAGCUCAAGUAACAGUGAGAAUAGUUGAUCAGUGCAGUAACGGAGGGUUAGAUCUUGAUGUUAAUGUAUUUAACCAAAUAGACACCAAUGGUCAAGGCGUUGCUCAAGGUCACCUUCAAGUCAAUUACCAAUUUGUCAACUGCUGAACCACCCUCAGCCGGCCUACAAGGCUAAUAACAUAUUGCAGAUGAUCAUAUGCUUCUUUUCUUUUACGCGGUUCUCGCUAAAUAACUCUUGGUUGUUUAGAGCUUACUUUGUGAGCUUGCUAUAUAUGAAUAAAGAUCAUCAAUUGGCCUAUCA